UUUAGUGUCAAUCCUGGUUUUGUUUAAAACCUUAAUAGCAUGUGAGACAAAUAAUUAAAUAUUUUAAUAUUUCUGUGAGAUCUCAGUAAUCUGUAAUAUCUCCCUGGGGGCAAAUGUUCAAUUAUAGAGUGCAGUGGGUGCAAAGAGUAGUUAAUAAUUUUGUAAACUUUAUCCCUUGUAGGUUGCUCAUACAUGCUAAUAAACCGCUGCUGUAAUUAAAAUGAAAUAAAGUGGGAGCUACAAGUGAUUGUAGUGUAAGCUUUAUCUUCAGAAUGAACUUAUUUGGGUUGAUGCUUCCUGUCCAUUACUUCAGUCUGUCAGAGUGACCUGAUAAUCUGAUUGGCUACAACCUGAUUUGUUAUGUGUUAUCUCAGACUGUGAGGAGGGGAGUGGAGUUGGAGGCCUUGGAGGAGACGGAGUGCCAGGAGCUAAUGCAGGCAGGGGCAGACAGAUGAUCAUAUUGAUGACUCCUGGAGGCCAGGAGGAGGAGAACGGCUUCCCCUCCUCACUGACCCAUGAAAGAAGCCAUGCCGGUCCUCACAGCAGGAGCGGGGCUACACGAAACGUUGGCCCUGCUGACCUCCCAGUUGCGUCCCGAUGCCAAUCACAAAGAGGACAUGGUGUUCCUCAAGGAUGUCUUCAGUGAGAGGAGCUUGGGAUACCUCAUGAAAAUCCAUGAGAAGCUGAGACAGUAUGAGAGACAGAGUCCGACACCUGUCCUCCACAGUGCGUCUUCUCUGGCUGAGGACGUGGCAGAGGAACUGCAGAGUGGACCAAUGAGCACAGAGGAGAAGGAGCUUCUACACCUGCUGACAUCACCACAUCUCAAGGCUGUUCUCUCGGUGCAUGACACUGUAGCACAGAAGAACUUUGACCCCGUGCUGCCUCCGCUGCCGGACGACUUUGAGGACGAGCUGGAGGAGGAGUCGGUGAAGAUUGUCAGGCUGGUGAAGAACAAGGAGCCUCUGGGCGCCACCAUCAGACGUGAUGAAGCCACCGGGGCGGUGAUUGUGGCCCGCAUCAUGAGGGGAGGUGCAGCUGACCGAAGUGGUUUGGUCCAUGUAGGAGAUGAACUCAGGGAGGUUAACGGCAUCUCCAUAAUCCACAAGAGGCCAGAUGAGAUCAGUCAGCUGCUGUCCCAGUCCCAGGGCUCCAUCACUCUCAAGAUAAUCCCUGCAAUUAAAGAAGAAGAUCGACUAAAGGAGAGCAAGGUGUAUAUGAGGGCCUUGUUUGACUACAUCCCCCUGGAGGACAAGGCCACUCCCUGCCAAGAGGCGGGACUUCCCUUUAAACGGGGGGACAUCCUGCAGGUUGUGACCCAGGACGACCCCACGUGGUGGCAGGCAAAGAGGGUGGGAGACAGCAACCUGCGAGCCGGGCUCAUCCCCUCCAAGCACUUCCAGGAGAGACGGCUGGCCUACAGGAUAAAAAUGGGCACACUCCCGAACCCAAAAUCCCCUAAAAAGCCUGUCUAUGACCAAGGAUGUGAUAAAGAGGACUGUGACUGUGAGGGCUAUUUCAAUGGACAGUACAUAGCUGGCCUGCGAAGGAGCUUCCGGCUGAGUCGUAAAGACAGGCAAGGAUCCUCCGGUGAGGGCUCUGAUCCAGGUGACCCGGAUUUCCUGACCUAUGAGGAGGUGACCCGCUACCAGCAGCGGCCCAAUGAGAGGCCUCGCUUGGUGGUCCUGAUUGGUUCCCUCGGAGCCCGGAUCAAUGAGCUGAAACAGAAGGUGAUAGCAGAGAACCCACAUCGCUAUGCAGUGGCUGUCCCACAUACCACCAGGCCUAAGAAACCUCAUGAGAAGGAGGGCGUGGAGUACCACUUUGUCACCAAACAGCAAUUUGACGCCGAUGCGCUGAACAACAAGUUCAUAGAGCAUGGGGAAUACAAGGAGAACCAGUACGGCACCAGUAUAGAGGCGAUCCGCUCCGUACAGGCCAAGAACAAGAUGUGUCUGGUGGACGUGCAGCCUGAGGCCCUGAAGAGGCUGCGGACGGCAGAGUUCAAGCCCUAUGUGAUAUUCGUCAAGCCUCGGAUUCCUGAGAGCAGACGUCGCCGCAGUGCCGCCACCUCACCGGGAGGGGGAGAGCACGGGCGCAUUACAGAGGAGGAUCUCCAGGAGAUGCGUCAGUCCGCCAUCCAGAUCGAUCAGCAGUACGGACACCUGGUGGACCGGGUCCUGAUCAAGGAGGACUCGGCCAGUGCCUGUGCAGAACUGCGAGGUAUUUUGGAACGGCUAGAGCGAGAGACCUUCUGGGUGCCUGUCAGCUGGGUGCGGACCUAAGCCACCACCUCCAGACUUCCAGAGGAGCCUCAUAGCCCUGCCCCCACCCAAUCCUGCACCCUCCCCAGUCCCCUGAAGCCGAUCCCCUUCCCCCAAGGCCUGCUGGCCAGCCCGGGGAGUCCGCUGACCUCCCCCCCCCCACCUGGACGGAUGCAGGCCUAACAGGCAGCCACACACUGAGGCGCGGAGGGGAGAGGAUGAUUUAAGCGAAGCCCGGAAGAACACCUCAGUGUUUCCGGUGUUCCACCACAUCGACAGCUGUCUCAGAAUCACAGUCUUGCCAUCACCUCCUCAAACGAUUGCUUCUUUCUAAUGUCAUCUCAAAUCAGGUGUGGUUACAUUUAUUUAUCGAUUUCCAAGACAAGGACAAGGUGAUAUUUUGUAGAUUCAGACCUCGGUUUUAUUGCUCUUGCUGUCAGGAUUGGGAUCCCAGUCCUCGAGGAUUGCUCAGUCGGUCAGCUUUAACGUCACUCCUGUUGGAGUACCAUUUGUAGCUGGUUUUUAGUUUCACGGUUUUAUUCUACUUGAAGUCCAACGCCAACCAUACAGUGCUUCCUGUCAAAUCCUCCUGCUCAUACAUUCUGUACAGUAACAAGAACACACUCUGCAGAACAGGAUAUAAGGGCGUUAUAAUUAAAACCGUUUAAUCAAACUCAUCAAUAGGGUGUGUUAUCUUCCAUAAACAACAGAUAUGAUCUCCACAAACAUGGACACACUUUAUCAAGUUCAGUGUAAUUAUAUAGAAAACGGAAUGUGAGAUAGAUUUUUAUUUUCUACAAAGCGUUUUUUGUUCUUCGGGUUUGUUUUUAGGAAAUGCACGACAGCCGAUUAUUUAAUCUCUGAUGUCAAUAUUGUAAAUGUUAAUCCUUGUGUGCCAACGAAAAAAUCUCGUAGCACUUCAAUGCAACCUGUUUACCUUUGAUCCCCCUGGAACCCUCAGCUGUUUGUGUGUAAAA